AUGGGCGACUGGAGCUUUCUGGGGCGGCUGCUGGAGAACGCUCAGGAGCACUCAACGGUCAUCGGCAAAGUGUGGCUGACUGUCCUCUUCAUCUUCAGGAUCCUGGUGCUGGGGGCGGCGGCCGAAGAGGUGUGGGGCGACGAGCAGUCCGACUUCACCUGCAACACCCAGCAGCCCGGUUGCGAGAACGUCUGCUACGAUGAGGCCUUUCCCAUCUCGCACAUCCGCUUCUGGGUGCUGCAGAUCAUCUUCGUGUCCACGCCCACCCUCAUCUACCUGGGCCACGUGCUGCACAUCGUCCGCAUGGAGGAGAAGCGCAAGGAGAAGGAGGAGGAGAUGCGCAAAGCAAAUCGGUUCCAAGAGGAGAAGGAACUCCUUUAUAGAAAUGGCGGCGACGCCGGAGGGGGAGGUGGCAAGAAGGAGAAGCCGCCAAUCAGGGACGAACAUGGCAAAAUCCGUAUUAGAGGUGCACUGCUACGCACCUAUGUGUUCAACAUUAUUUUCAAGACUCUGUUUGAAGUGGGAUUCAUUUUGGGCCAGUAUUUCCUCUAUGGCUUCCAGCUGAGGCCCCUGUACAAGUGUGCACGGUGGCCCUGCCCCAACACCGUCGACUGCUUCAUAUCAAGGCCCACUGAAAAGACUAUUUUUAUUAUAUUUAUGCUUGUGGUGGCUUGCGUGUCUCUUUUGCUGAAUUUGUUAGAGAUCUAUCACCUUGGAUGGAAGAAAGUUAAACAGGGCAUGACCAACGAGUUUGCCCCCGACCACGAGUCGCUGCGCCACGUGGACAUCGCCGAGCCGGAGUGUUUAGCCUCGGCCGCCAGAACUGCCCCAUCCAGCCUCAGCUACCCUCCCAACUACACGGACGUGACGGCGGGCGGCGGGGCGUUCCUGUCCUCCGUGGGCCCGCCCGCCGUGCCGUCGGCCGCAGAGUUCAAGAUGAACGACCUCCAGCAGGACGAGCCUCUCCACCAGCCCGCCCCGUCGUCCCACUACUACAUCAGCAACAACAACAACCACCGGCUGGCCGCGCAGCAGAACUGGGCCAACCUGGCCACCGAGCAGCAGACUCGGGAGAUGAAGUCCACCUCUCCCUCCCCAUCCUCCUCUUCAUCCACCAGCAACCAAACCCAGCCGCCGCCGCCGCCCGUCGACGCCGCGCUCGUCCUCCCCGCCAGCAACAACAACAGUAACGUCAACCUCACCAGCACCGCCGCCAACCCCGCGUCCGGCGGCAGCAGCCCGGGCGCGCUGUCGCCCGGCGGGAAGAGCGAGCCCGACGAGGGCCACUUCACCACCACCACCGUGGAGAUGCACCAGCCCCCGGUCGCCGUCUUCACCGACCCCCGGCGGCUCAGCCGGGCCAGCAAGAGCAGCAGCGUCAGGGCCAGGCCCAGCGACCUGGCAGUCUGA